AUGCCAAGCAUGUGUAAUGCCCCACAAAACUUCUUCUUUCAGAGAGAAAGAAAAUUGUUAGAAUUCCUGGAAGAGAAGAGAGCUGAAGAAGACGUUAUCCUGGCCAUGGACAUUGCACUCACUGAAAACCAGAGGCAGCUCGAAAAGCACAAGCGGAAUACCGAGCAAGCCGAAAGAGAAAAGGUAGUACUUGAAAUGCAACGACGUGAAGAGAAGAGGUAUGCCGAAUUAUUGGAAGACAGACAAAAACGAAAUGAAGAAAUGAUGUCCGAUAUGAGGCGCGAUUUGAAAGACGAGGCAGAGAAGAGGCGCCAAAUGGAAGAGGAAUACACUAGAAUGAAGAUGGAGCACGUUGAAACUCUCAACGCGAAGAAAAUAUUCUAUAUCGAAGAAAACGAACGUCUGUCGAAGGAAAAGUGUGAUACUACACUCCAGGCUUUUUAUAGACAGCUACAGGCCAAGAAGGUCAAUGGGUACAAUCGUCCUGGGGGUUACCAGGAAUACCGUACUGACAUGAGCAACUUGAAGGACAAGUACAGAAAGAUGAGUGGAUUGGGCGUCAUGAAAGAAAAAAAAUUGUUAGAAUUCCUGGAAGAGAAGAGGGCUGAAGAAGACGUUAUGCUGGCCAUUGACAAUGCACUCACUGAAAACCAGAGGCAAGUCGAAGAGCAAAAGCGGAAGACCGAGCAAGCCGAAAGAGAAAAGGAAGGACUUGAAAUGCAACGACGUGAAGAAAAGAGGAAUGCCGAAUUAUUGGAAGACAGACAAAAACGAAAUGAAGAAAUGAUGUCCGAUAUGAGGCGCGAUUUGAAAGACGAGGCAGAGAAGAGGCACCAAAGGGAAGAGGAAUACACUAGAAUGAAGAUGGAGCACAUUAACAUGCAGGAGAAACAGGUUGUAGAUUUCGAGAAGAUUGCCGAAUUUAAAAAAGAAAAAGAGCUGGAGGGCUUCGUCGGCGGUGUGCUUAAAGGUGCUGCUGUUUUCGCCAGUAUGAUCGCUAGUGCAACAAGAGGCGAUGGUGAUGACAACAGUGAUUAAAGAUAAUUCGAACUGUGCCUUCUGUGACCACGCAUCACGCGCAGCAAUAAGUCUGUAUAAAAUACAAGUAAAGGACGAAAUUAGCGAUUGUAAUUGGUACCAGAGGUUACCUCACGUACACGGUGUAUAUUGUCGAAUUUUGCUUAUUGUUAAAAACAGACCCAUCGAAGACAUCUAUAAUCUCUCGCAUCGUGU